AUGAUAGUACUGCCGCAGCAGGCCGGCACACGGCUGGACGGCCGCUCAGGCUCCUACAACGACCAGGAGCCUUUGCAAAAUCUCAAAAUGAUUAGACAAACGUCCGAGCGCACGCAUUUUGACUUGGACCUGGAUUCGAGACGCGGUUGUCGCUUUUACUACGACGUGGGGAGCGAUGACCUCAUUGCUCUCAACGAAGGCAAAGAGAGUAUCUGGCUCGUCGCGCUCAAUGUAGGAGCCGCCACAGGGCCCAACCAGACCCUGUGCUUGGACCCUGGUGAGAAGAAUCCCAUCUCCCCGGGGUACUGGGGCAUGAUGGCAUUUCUCGAAGAGGACGAGUCAGGGCCAGUGACGGCCGAAGAGGACGAGCCAAGGCCACUGAUGGCCGAGUGCUUGCUGCUGCCUCGUCGAUGGACUUUUCAGCAGUUUUCAGUACCGCUCGCUGGUCUUGUCACGCCGGGGGAGUCUCCGGCCGACGACGUAGCGUGGACAACGCAGAUCAUCUGCUCGAACUUUGGGGAUGGCGACAACCCUAUGCUGAAAGUUGCACCCGCAACAAUGGUGCGGAUCAGGUUUCCCACGGCACCCGGCGAGCCAGAAUCAACGGAAAAUUUCGAUAUUACGAACAUCGCAAACAUUGCGACGCCGACAAGUCGAACGGGCAUUCUUCAUGCGCUUCACAGCAACAUGGGAGAAGUGCACUCGGCUAUGAAGAUACUUAGAAGACACCCAGAUCAGAAAGAUCAGAUACCAUCCUUGGCGGAUGAUUACUCUUCGGAAGUGGUGUUCUCCUUGGCGUUGAAGGAUCAUCCCGGGUUUGUUACGUGUCUUGGGUUCGAUGCUCGCUUCUUCGUGAUUUACAUGGAGCGCCUGGAAGAACAUGACCUCGGACUGCACCAGGAUAGAAAUGGCAUGUUUACAGGGUCAUUGUCGUUCGCGGAACGAAUACUGAAAGACACGGCUCGGAAUCUUGCCCAUCUCGAAUCGGAAGGUUUUCUGCAUAAUGACAUCAAGCCGCGGAACAUGAUUUUCCAUCCCGAGCGCGGCACCCUGCUGAUUGACUUUGGGCUUUGCACCUACGCGAACGAUGGCCAGCCGGGCGGCGGGAUCUACCCAUACAUUGCGCCAGAGAUAUACGAAGGAGUAGCUCCCUCCCCGGCAAGCGACAUAUACUCACUGGGCGUCACAAUGCUGUAUCUACUGGGGAAAACAGCCCUGCCCGAAAGCCUCGGGCCAGGCUGGAGAGUAAAAAACCCCGGCCCGCGCUACUACCGUUGGCGCAGCGAGGUUGAAACGAUGCGGAGUAGCCUUCGCGGUACCAUGGGGGCAAUCGUGAAGCAGAUGCUAGGAAGACGUGCAAGAACACGCAUAACGGCUCGUCAGAUCCUGGAACAGCUCAGGAUAGCAGAAGAAGAGAGACAAGGAGAAGAGGAGAGACGAGCAAAAGACAAGAAGAAGGAAAAAAACAAGAAGCGACCAGACACUGGACGCAGAUAG